CAAUUUGUAACAACAGAUGAUCGAGAGCAGAGCUAGAGGGGAGAUUAUAAGGACAUGACAAAUUAUUGAGCAGGAGUAAAGACAUUGCAGACAACCCGCCACUGAAAAAUGUGGACAGAGCCUAUUUGGAUUUUGAUCGCACUGGCAGUCCUAGUCCCAGCUCAAGGCAACCCUCCAGUGAUAACAAAUUUCCCAAAAGAGGAUUUGGUUAAACCAGAGGACGUGAAAUUCAAGUCAGAUCCAAGCUUCACACUUCCUUGCAAUGCCACCGGAUCCAACUUAACGUGGACCUGGAAGCAUAAUGGGACAGCUAUAACCGACAGCUCACACUUUGACCUGAGUGAAGAUGGUACCUUGACUGGCAAGAACCUCCGUGCAAUCCACAGUGGUACAUACCAGUGCUUUGUCAAGGACGAAGUCACUGGCGCUGUGGCAUUUAGCAGGAAACUUAAAGUCGCGGUCACAGUCGUUGGCGACUUCAUCGAUUCCAAGGAUGACGUGGUAAAAGUAAAUCUCGGCGAGUCUUUCUACUACGACUGUCCACCUCAUUCAUACAGCUAUGGGGUGGUCUACAGCUGGGGAAACAUCCGUUUCAAUACACCGUACACAUUCGCAAGAAAUGAACGUCGGUCUAUUCUAAGCAAUGGUACUUUGUAUAUUACGUAUUUAACGCAAAAAGACAUCGAUGAAAUUGAAUUGUACGAUGGCAUCAAGUGUACCAUUUCUGGAGCGAAUUUUUUUCAAAGAUCUGGGACCUUGAGAUUGGAGAAGAUCAAUGAAAAUCAAACAGAUUCUGAAAACUCUACUUCACCCUCGUGGUUACUAACCCCAAAUGAGAAAGAGAGUGCCGUAGAAGGAAAGAGCAAGAUUUUGUAUUGCUUUGCAAAUGGAAGACCAACACCAAAAAUUACUUGGAAGAAGGAUGGACGCAAGAUAACAGAUGGACAGAACUCGUUUAUCAUUUCUGACACUUUCUUUGGAAGGCGUCUUUCCAUUGAAAGUGUUGAUGAGACCAAUCACCAAGGCGUCUACACUUGUGAGGCCGAAAANNUAUGCUCUAACACCCUUGCGAUCCUAUUCCACUUCGCAGUUCCACCAAAAUGGGCAGCGAAUCCUCCACCAAAUGACAUCACCAUCGUCAUUGAAAAAAACGGCACGUUGGAAUGUCAAGUAACAGCAAACCCUGCUGCAAUAACGACAUGGUAUAAAAAUGGAGAAGUACUUCAGCCUUCAGGGCGUCUUGUCUUAGCUGACAACAAGUUACAUCUAACAGAUGUGAAUCUUGACGAUACAGGCGUCUAUCAAUGCGAGGCCACCAAUGCUCAUGGCACGAUCAUAUCUUCAACUUGGGUCUACGUUUCAGCUUGGAAGCCAUCUUUUGAAAACGUGCAGUUUGGUCCUUUUCAUCUGCUCAAUGAGAAAGAGGCUAGGUUACCUUGUAAGCCUAGCACAGGAGCGCCGCAACCAUCAUAUCGCUGGUUUAAAGAUGGCGAGCUUAUUACUUACGAAGAGAACAGUCGCUACAAGUUGGAUAUGGACGGAACACUGGUUAUAAAAGAAGUCGAUAAGGAUCAAGAUGGGGUCAACUACACUUGCAAGGCAAGCAACCUUAUGGGCGAAGACUCUAUAACCACAGUGCCAAUUAUUCUUGUUCCACCAAGUUUAACAACUGUUCCAGUAAACCAGACCAUCAUGGAGGGCAAAACAGUAACAUUUCAUUGCACUGCCACCGGGAACCCGGCUCCAACGAUAACAUGGACAAAAGAUGGCGAAGAUGUGGAGUCUGGAGAAGUAUUGAGCCUCGAAACCAGCAGGAAUCAGUCUGGAGAAUACGUUUGCACAGCAGAAAAUGGGUUGAAUUUUAACGCUAAUGCCAGUGCUGUCCUGGAUGUUCUUUACAAACCAAGCUUGACUACCCUUCCUUCGGAUCGAACUGUCUUAGAGGGUAACACGGCAACAUUCCACUGUGCAGCCGCUGGAAAUCCAGCCCCUAAGAUAACAUGGAUGAAAGAUGGGAAAACUGUGUCUCAAGAACAAACAUUAAAUAUUGAAACCCACAGAAAUGAUUCUGGAAAGUACUGGUGUCUAGCAGAGAACGGAUUAAAUUCCACUGUUAAUGCUAGUGCUAUGCUUGAUGUUCAAUUUCCGCCAAGUUUAAAAACCACUCCAAUCAACCAGACUGUCAUGGAGGGCGCCUCGGCAACAUUUUACUGCACCGCCACCGGCAACCCAGCUCCAGAGAUAACAUGGACAGUAGAUGGGAUGAAGGUUGGAUCCGGAGAUACGCUGAGCUUUGAAACUAAUAGGAAUCAAACUGGGAAAUACUGGUGCUCAGUGGAGAAUGGAUUAGAUGUUGUCAACGCCAGUGCUGAUCUGGAUGUUUUGUAUAAACCAAGUUUGAUCACUAAUCCGACAAACCAGACCGUCCUGGAGGGUACCUCAGCGACAUUCCGCUGUGUGGCUGAUGGAAAUCCAAUCCCACAAAUAACAUGGAAGAAAGAUGGGAAGACUGUGUCCCAAGGAGACACACUGAACUUUGAAACAAACAGAACUCAAUCUGGCGAAUAUUUUUGUUUGGCAGAGAAUGGUUUAAAUUCUACUGCGAGCGCCAGCGCACAUCUAGAUGUUCAAUAUAGACCAAGUUUGACCACCACUCCGACAAACCACACCGCUCUUGAGGGUACCCUAGCGACAUUCCUCUGUGUGGCUGAUGGAAAUCCAACCCCAACGAUAACAUGGAAGAAAGAUGGGAAGACUUUGACUCACGGAGACACACUGAGCUUCGAAACAAACAGAACUCAAUCUGGCGAAUAUGUUUGUUCAGCAGAGAAUGGCUUGAAUUCUACCGUUAGUGCAAGCGCACAUCUCAACGUUCAAUACACAACUAGUUUAAUCACCAAACCAUCGGACACAGUAGUCAUGGAAAACCAAGACGUUAAUCUCCAAUGUAGUGCCAUUGGGAACCCAACUCCAAAAAUAACGUGGAUCAAAGACGGGGAGGAAGUAGACACAGGAAAUAAACUCAGCUUCAAGGCACUUAGGAGUCAAAGUGGAAGAUACUGGUGUUUGGCACAAAACGGCUUAGAGGACAGUGUUAAUGCCAGUGCUUAUCUGGAUGUACAGUUUCCACCAAGUCUAAUCACAACACCACUUGACCAGAGAGUUAUUGAAGGAGCCAAAGCAACAUUCCACUGCAAUGCCACAGGAAACCCAACCCCACAAAUAACAUGGAAAAAAGAUGGGGAGGUUGUUGCUGAAGGAGAAAGUCUGAGCUUCGGAACUAACAAGAAUCACUCUGGAAAAUACUUGUGCAUCGCAGAAAAUGGAUUGAAUUCUACUGCAAGUGCCAGUGCAAAUCUUGACGUUCAAUUUGCACCAAGUUUGAUCACAACACCAACUGACCAAACAGUUAUGGAGGGAGCCGAAGCAAUAUUCUUCUGCAACGCCACAGGAAAUCCAAUCCCAAAGAUAACAUGGAUGAAAGAUGGAGAGAUUGUAGGUCAGGGAGACACACUCAGUUUUGAAACCAGCAGGAAUCAGUCUGGAAAAUACCUGUGUUCAGCAGAAAAUGGACUUAACUCAACAGUGAAUUCCACUGCUAAUCUUGAUGUUCAAUUUCCUCCAAGGUUCUCUACCAAACCAUCUGAUAAGACUGCCAUGGAAAGUGAACAAGUCACUUUCCACUGUACAGCCACUGGAAACCCAACCCCAACGAUAACAUGGCUAAAAGACGGAAACCGUUUGGCCGAGGGAGAAACGCUGAGUCUCACAGCCAACAGAACCCACUCUGGAAAAUACUGGUGUUUAGCAGACAAUAAUUUAGAUAUAACAGUUAACACAAGUGCUUCCUUGGAUGUGCAGUUUACACCAAGUUUAAUCACAACCCCAGAAGAUCACACAGUCAUGGAAUCUGAAACUGUAACAUUCUAUUGCAAUGCCACUGGCAACCCAACCCCAAGGAUAACAUGGAUUAGAGAUGGGAAGACUAUUGCUGAUGGAAACAUUCUGAGUCUUGAGACCAACAGGAAUCAGUCUGGAGAAUACUGGUGUUCAGCAGAGAAUGGACUUAACUCAACUGUGAAUGCCAGUGCUAAUCUUGACGUUCAAUUUCCUCCUAGUCUCAAAAUCAAACCACAGGAUCAGUCAAUUGUGGAAAAUAAGGAAGUGACUUUCCACUGUACUGCCACUGGCAACCCACCUCCAACUAUAACAUGGAUUGAAAAUGGGAAGACUGUGGCUCAGGGUGAUUCUUGGAGCUUUAUAGCUAAAAGAAAUCAUUCUGGAAAAUACUGGUGUUCUGCAACAAAUGGAUUGGAUAAAACAACCAAUAGUAGUGCCUACCUUAAUGUACAAUUUGCACCAAGCUUAAUUAGUACACCAGCUGACCAGACAGUACUUGAAAGUGAAACAGCAACCUUUUACUGCAAUGCCACUGGAAACCCAGCCCCAAAGAUAUCUUGGAUAAAAGAUGGGAAGACUGUGGCUCAUGGAGAAACACUGACCUUUAAAACAAACAGAACUCAGUCUGGAAAAUAUUGGUGUUCAGCAGAGAAUGGGUUGAAUUCUACUGUCAAUGCUAGCGCUAGUCUUGAUGUUCUGUUUCAACCAAGUUUCACAACUGAACCAUCCAAUCAAACAAUAGUUGAAAAUGAAGAGGUUACUUUACAUUGCAUGGCCACUGGAAACCCAAUCCCUGAGAUAACAUGGAUCAAAGAUGGGAAGACUGUGGCUCAAGGAGACAAACUGAGUUUCAAAGCUAACAGAAGUCAUUCGGGAGAAUACUGGUGUAAAGCUGGAAAUGGUCUGGAUAUCUCUAUCAAUGCUAGUGCUUACCUGGACGUCCAAUUUGCACCUGGUUUAAUUACGGAACCAGUUGACCAAACUGUUACUGAAUCGGAAAAUGUAACAUUCCACUGCAAUGCCAUCGGGAAUCCAACUCCAAAGAUAUCAUGGAUGAAAGAUGGGAAGACUGUGGCUGAAGGAAAAACACUGAGCUUUGAAACCAACAGGAAUCAAUCUGGAAAGUACUGGUGUUUAGCAGAGAAUGGACUUAAUUCCACUGUUAAUGCAAGUGCCACUCUAGAUGUCCAAUUUCCACCCAGUUUUACCACCAAGCCUUCCAACGAGACCGUUGUUGAAAAUAAGGUGGUGGCAUUUUACUGUGCUGCCAUUGGUAACCCUGUUCCAAAAAUAACCUGGAUGAAAGAUGGAAAGAUAGUAUCACAAGGAGAGAGUCUUUCCUUUGGAGCGAUCAGAAGUAAGGCUGGAAAGUACUGGUGUUCAGUGAGUAAUGGCUUGGGUGUUGCUGUCAACGCAAGUGCUCAUCUUGAUGUACAAUUUGCACCAAGUUUAAUCACAAAACCAACAAACCAGACAGUAAUCGAGUCCCAAACUGUAACAUUCAACUGCUCUGCCACUGGGAACCCAACCCCAAAGAUAACUUGGCUAAAAGAUGGGACUACUAUGGGUCAUGGAGAAACACUGAGCUUUGAAGUGAACAGGAAUAAAUCUGGAAAAUAUUGGUGCACAGCUGAGAAUGGAUUGAGUGUGAUUGUGAAUGCCAGUGCUAUUCUUGAUGUACAAUUUCCACCAAGCAUAAUAACCAGGCCAUCAGAUCAAAAGAUCAUUGAAAACAAAAGGAUAACCUUCCACUGUACUGCCACUGGGAACCCAACUCCAAAGGUAUCGUGGCUGAAAGGUGGAGAGACUGUGGCUAAAGGAGAAACUUUGAGCUUUGAAGUCAACAGAAAUCAAUCAGGAAAAUACUGGUGUUCAGUAGAAAAUGGUCUGGGUAUCACAGUGAACGCCAGUGCCCACCUUAAUGUGCAAUACCCACCAAGUUUGACCACAAAACCAGUUAAUCGGGUUGUCCUUGAAGGCACAGAAACUACCUUCCACUGUGCUGCAGAUGGGAACCCUGUGCCUGAGAUAAAGUGGAUGAAAGAUGGCAAGACUGUGGCUACUCAAGGAUUGCUUAUCUUUGAAGCUAUGAGGAAUCAAUCUGGGAAAUAUUGGUGUUCUGUGGAAAAUGGACUGAAUUCUACUGUUAAUGCUAGUGCCACUCUUGAUGUUCAGUAUUUGCCAAAUUUUGUGAACAAGCCUGUUAACCAAACAGUAAAAGAGACUGACAUGGUAAUGUUUCAUUGCAAUGCCACUGGAAACCCGUUGCCAAAUGUAACUUGGUACAAGGAUGGAAAGACUGUGGCACAUGGAGAGACACUAAGAUUUGAAAGCAACAGGAAUAAUUCUGGAAAUUACUGGUGCAUGGCAGAGAAUGGCUUAAAGACAGUGAUGAACACCAGUGCAUAUCUUGACGUGCUUUUUGCACCAAGCCUAACCACUGCACCCAGUAACCAAACAGUUCUUGAGUCGGAUGAAGCAACUUUCCAAUGCAUUGCCACUGGUAACCCAACCCCAAAGAUAACGUGGACUAAAGAUGGGAUGACUGUGGGUUCUGGAGAGAUUCUAAGAUUCUCAGCAAGCAGGAACCAAUCUGGGAAAUACUGGUGUUCAGCUGAGAAUGGAUUCAAAGCCACUGUCAAUGCUAGUGCUUAUCUUGAUGUGCAUUUCGCACCAAGUCUCACGGGUGAAAAGGUUAACAAGACCGUCAAUGAAUCUGAUGAAGUGACUCUCCAUUGCGAUGCAAUUGGUAACCCUGCACCAAAGAUAACGUGGAUGAAGGAUGGAAAACCUGUGGCUUAUGGCGAUACACUACGCUUCACAGCUCUGAGGAAUGAUUCCGGAAUAUACCUGUGUUUGGCAGAUAACGGGUUGAAUGUCACUGUCAAAGCGAGAACUCGCCUUAAUGUACAAUAUCCUCCAAGCUUCUCCAUAAAACCUUCUGACAAAACUGUCGUAGAGGCUAAUGACGUAACGUUUACCUGUAAUGCAACCGGUAACCCAACCCCAAAGAUAGUGUGGAUCAAGGAUGGUACGACUGUGUCUCAUGGGGAAACUUUGAGUUUGACGCCGAAUAAGGGUGAAUCUGGAGAGUACUGGUGUUCUGCGGAGAAUGGACUGGGUCCUGCUAUCAACACAAGUGCCUAUCUUGAUGUACAAUUUCCAGCAAACCUAACAACUACACCAGUAAAUCAAACUGUCCUCGAAGGAGAAACAGCCACAUUGGAUUGUGCAGCCUCUGGUAACCCAACACCAAACAUAUCUUGGAUCAAGGAUGGGAUUACUGUGGGUAAAGGAGAUCACCUCAGCUUAGUAGUCAACAGGAAUCAGUCCGGAAAUUACUGGUGUGUGGCAGAAAAUGGAUUUCAAACUAUUGUCAAUGCUAGUGCCUAUCUGAAUGUGCUGUUUGCACCAAGCAUUACAGUCCGACCGACUAAUCAGACCGUUGAAGAGGGUGGCCUAGCUACGUUCAACUGCAGUGCCAUUGGAAACCCAGUCCCAAAUAUAACCUGGAUUAACAAUGGGAAGACUGUGACUCAGGGAAACACACUGAGUAUUGAUGCCAACAGGAAUCACUCUGGAAGAUACUGGUGUUUAGCAGAUAACGGAUUGAAUCCAACUGUCAACGCUAGUGCCAAUCUUGAUGUGCAAUUUUCACCGAGUAUUACCAUUAAGCCAACUGACAAGACUAUUACUGAAGGUGAUAUGGUAGCCUUCCGCUGCACGGCCAGUGGGAAUCCAAUUCCAGAGAUAAAAUGGAUCAAAGAUGGGAAGACUUUGGCUGAGGGUGACACACUAAGCCUUAAAACAAACAGAACCCAAUCUGGAAAGUACUGGUGUUCAGCACAGAAUGGAGUGAAGUCUGCAGUUAAUGCUAGCGCCAAUCUUGAUGUUCAGUUUCCACCAAGCUUUACUACGAGACCAAGCAACCAAACUGUUGUCGAAGGAACGAAUGUAACUUUCCUUUGCACUGCUACUGGGAACCCAACUCCGACUGUAACGUGGAUGAAAGAUGGGAGUUCUGUGGCUGAAGGAGAGACUCUCGGCUUUGAAACCAGCAGGAAUUAUUCUGGAAAAUAUUGGUGUUUGGCUAAGAAUGGACUGGGUGAAGCUAUCAAUACAACUGUCUAUCUUGAUGUACAAUUUUCCCCGAGUAUUAUCAGCCAACCAACGGAUAAGACUGUUAUUGAGGGAGAUAUGGCAACCUUCCAGUGUACUGCCACUGGCAACCCAGCUCCUAAUAUAACGUGGAUGAAAGAUGGGAAGACUGUGGCUGAAGGAGACACACUUAGCUUCAAACCCAACAGAACUCAAUCUGGAAAAUACUGGUGUUUGGCAGAUAACAGAUUGAAGUCUCCUGUAAAUACCAGCGCCAAUCUUGAUGUCCAGUUUCCGCCAAACUUUAAGUGGAAACCAGCCAACCAGACUGUUAUGGAAGGAACAAAAACUGCAUUCCAUUGUAAUGCCUCUGGGAACCCAACUCCAAAGAUUUCGUGGAUGAAAGAUGGGAAUGCUUUGGCCGAGGGAAACUCUCUCAGCCUUGAAACCAACAGAAACAAUUCUGGAAAUUAUUGGUGUUUGGCUAAGAAUGGAGUGGGUGAAACUAUCAACACCACUGCCUAUCUUGAUGUACAAUUUUCCCCAAGUAUUGUCGUCAACCCAACGAACAAGACUGUCGCAGAAGGAAAUGAGGUAGCCUUCCACUGUACUGCCACUGGGAACCCAACUCCAACAAUAACGUGGAUUAAAGAUGGCAAGACUGUAGAGGAAGGAGAUACACUGAGCUUUGAAGCUAACAGAACUCAAUCUGGAAAAUACUUGUGUUUAGCAGACAAUGGAUUGAAGUUUACCGAUAAUGCUAGUGCCAAUCUUGAUGUUUUGUAUCAACCAAGUUUUACUUCGAGACCAAGCAACCAAACUGUUAUCGAAGGAACGAAUGUAACUUUCCUUUGCACUGCCACUGGGAACCCAACUCCAACCAUAAAAUGGAUGAAGAAUGGCACUUCCGUGUCUGAUGAAGACACUCUCGCCUUUGAAACCAGCAGGAAUGAUUCUGGAAAGUAUUGGUGUUUGGCUAAGAAUGGGCUGGGUGACGCUAUCAAUACGACAGUUUAUCUUGAUGUGCAAUACCCAUCAAGUAUCAUCAUUAAGCCAACGGACAAAAUUAUUACCGAGGGUAAUUUUGUAACCUUCCAUUGUGUUGCCACUGGUAACCCAACUCCAAAGAUAACAUGGACUAAAGAUGGGAAGACUGUGGGUGAAGGAGACACACUGAGUUUUGAAACCAACAGAACUCAAUCUGGGGAAUACUGGUGUUCGGCAGAGAACGGAGUAAAAGCUGUUGUCAAUGCCAGCGCUAAUCUUGACGUCCAAUUUCCACCGAGCUUUGAUUCAAGACCAACAAAUCAAACUGUUAUUGAGGGAACGAAUGCAACUUUCCAUUGCACUGCCACUGGGAACCCAACUCCAACUAUAACGUGGAUGAAAGAUGGAAAAUCUGUGGCAGAAGGACACACUCUCAGCUUUGAAACCAGCAGGAAUGAUUCUGGAAAAUAUUGGUGUUUGGCCACGAAUCGACUUGGUGAAUCUAUCAAUACAACUGUCAAUCUUGAUGUACAAUGUAAGUUUGGUAAAGAAACUACGGAAAAGUGUUUCCUAAAAGAAACAUCAUAA